CGGAGCCGCGGCCGGGCGCAUGCGCCGGCGCGGGGUGGUGGUGCUGCUGGCACGUGUGGCGGCGGGCCCGGUGCGGCCGGAGGGUUCCCGGCGCCAUGGGGCGGAAGCUGGACCCCACCAGGAAGGAGAAGCGCGGCCCCGGGCGCAAGGCUCGCAAGCAGCGGGGGGCUGAGGUGGAGCUGGCCCGCUUCCUGCCGCCAGAGCCCGAGACCGGCAAGAAGAAGCUCUCCAGCCACGGGCGGAAGAGGGCUGCGAAGAGGCGGCUGGGAGCGGGCGGCGCCGCGGCGGGGAGGAGGCCGCUCGGAGGAGGGCGAGAGGCGGCAGUUGAGGAACAGGUAUCCCCACAGAAGGAGAAACAUGUUGUAAAGGCAGCAGGACAAACCCCUCGUGGCCGCUCUGGCUUCAGUGAUGGCAAUUCAAAAUGGUUGGCUCCAGCCAAAGCCAAGAAAAUCCCAUCUAAAGGAAACAACAUGGAGUUAUCCAGCGAUGGUGAGGUGGAAGAGGGCAACUGGGAGAUGGAGGGAGAGGACAGCAGCAGCGAGGAGAUGGUAGAUGACUAUGGUGCCUCUUCAGAAGAAGAAGAAGAGCUGCUGCCUAUUGAAAAAGCUGCCCUGAAGCAGAAGCCUGACAGGGGGGGCUUCAGUGAGGAUGAUAGCGAAGAAGAAGAGGAGGAGGAAGAAGAAGAAGCAGAGGAGGCAAGCAGGCAGAAAGGAGGACAGAAGGAAGAAGAGGGCCCAGAUCUGCAGAUCAACCUGGAUAUAGAUGAACAAUUUAAACUGCCAACUAAUGAACAGAUUGAGAGGGAGGCUGCUGAGCCGCCUGACCUGCACAUCAUUCACCAGCGCAUCAAGGGCAACAUGGAGGUGCUGCAGGACUUUGCGGUGAAGCGGGAGGAAGGACGCACACGAAAGGAGUACCUUGCAUUGCUGCGCCGGGACAUGGCUGCCUAUUAUUCCUACAGUGACUUUUUGCUCACGAAGCUCAUGGACAUCUUUCCACUCCCUGAACUGAUAAACUUCCUGGAAGCCAAUGAGGUUCCCCGCCCUGUGACCAUUCGCACCAACACACUCAAGACACGGCGACGGGACCUGGCACAGGCUCUAAUCAACCGUGGUGUGAAUCUCGACCCCUUGGGGAAGUGGUCGAAAACAGGACUUGUUAUUUAUGACUCCUCUGUGCCCAUUGGUGCCACCCCUGAGUAUCUGGCUGGGCACUACAUGCUGCAAGGCGCCUCCAGUCUCCUCCCUGUCAUGGCUCUGGCUCCGCAGGAGAACGAACGCAUCCUGGAUAUGUGCUGUGCCCCAGGAGGCAAGACCAGCUACAUAGCUCAGCUUAUGAAGAACACGGGUAUGAUCUUGGCCAAUGACAGCAAUGCCGAGCGGCUACGUAGCGUGGUAGGGAACUUGCACCGGCUGGGGGUCACCAACACCGUAGUGAGUAACUGCGAUGGACGCCAGUUCCCCAAGGUGCUUGGAGGGUUCGACCGUGUCCUGCUUGAUGCUCCUUGUAGUGGAACAGGUGUCAUUUCCAAGGAUCCUGCUGUCAAAACCAACAAGGAUGAGAAAGACAUCCUGCGCUGUGCUCACCUGCAGAAGGAGCUGAUUCUUAGUGCUAUAGAUUCAGUCAAUGCUGCCUCAGAGACAGGGGGCUACAUUGUCUACUGCACUUGUUCCAUCAUGGUGGAGGAGAAUGAGUGGGUUGUGGAUUAUGCCCUGAAGAAACGCAAUGUUCGUUUGGUGGCCACAGGCUUGGACUUUGGCAAGGAAGGCUUCACCAGGUUCAAGGAACGUCGCUUCCACCCCUCCCUCAAGUCUACACGGCGUUUCUAUCCCCACACACACAAUAUGGAUGGGUUCUUCAUUGCCAAGUUCAAGAAAUUCUCUAAUGCUAUUCCCCAGGCACAAAAAGAUGAAGAACCUGCUGUGGAAGCAGCAGCUCCAUCCACUGUUCCUGAUACUGUCUCAGAGCCUCAGCCAAAAAAGAAGAAAGUUGAGGGAUCAAAAGUUGACAAGGAGCAGAAGCUGCCACAGCCUGCUUUGAAGAAGAGACGUUCAUUGCAGGCACAGAAGAGGCCCUUGAAGGCUAGCCGGCCUUCUCCCAAAAUGAUGCGUUCUCAAGUCCCUACCAGGAAGAAGCACAAAGUGAAAUCGAAUGGACAGUGAGAGGAACUGUUUUUCCACGUGUUGGUCCCCUCCUUGGAGAGCAAAGGCCAGGGGCUGCUGCAGCUGCACAUGUACCACUGUGAACUGCUCUUUGCAGAUCAUCUCUGCAGCUCUGAGUGCCUGCAACAGCGAUAGCCCCGUUUGCUGCUUCCCCUGCGCAUCAAGGACUGAUGUGCUGACCCAUUAAAAGUUUUAUACUCUU